CUCUCCAGACCUGCCAUCCAUCUCAGACAAUUCUAUCGACAGAAAUCAUCAUGCGCACCUCGACUCCAGCUUCAGCCUUGCUGUUCCUCGCUAGCGCCGUGGUAGCGCAGUCAAGCGAGGGACUAUUCACCAUCCAGACGUCUAUUCCAUGCGACUGCAUAAUGGAGCCCUGCACCGAAUGCUCCUCGCACAUCAUCGUCCCAGAAACCUCCAUCUCAGGCGUCCUGUCGAUUCCGGGCGGAGAGACGCCCAUCUCCACCGGCGACCUGCCUGCUCCCACAGUGUCAGGAGUCAUGUCCAUCCCAGGCGGAGAAACGCCCAUAUCGACUGGUGACUUGACGCUGAGCAGCUCGACGGCCUUCUUCCCAACCCCCACCGACAGCGUGUCUACGACUGCUUCGGGACGACCAAUCUCAAGUUCGGGUUCGAGUUCGGGUUCGAGUUCAACACAGUCGGCUCCUGCUCAGGCGUCGACUGCUGCAGCGUCGCCGGCAAUCCAGCGCGAAGGCACCCCGUACGUGCUUGCGCUGGCUGUGUCUGGUUUCUCUCUGUUCCUUGGUGCUGUCUGGACUCUGGCUUAAGUGUAUCACGAGAUGUGGUGUGACAUAGUGGGGAGAUUGACAAAAGGGCAUGAUUGAAUAGGAAUGAGAAAAUGUACAA